GUGGCUGCGGCGGUUGGCGCUGAGUAGCUGAGGUAGAAAAGGCGGCCAUUGGGCCUUAGGCAGCCGGGGAACUUGUGGACCUUCCUCUUGCCGUCUCUUAAGGGAGGACCGCUGCUGGUGGCCGGUCGUGGGGGCUGACCGCCACUUUGCCCUUGGCAGGAGAGGCUGCUUCGUUUACAGAAAAUUAAUUGUUAAAGCAGUAUGGCCACAGGAGGAGGUCCUUUUGAAGAAGGUAUGAAUGAUCAGGAUUUACAAAACUGGGGCACUGAGAGUGUUGAUGAUCGACUCAACAAUAUGGAUUGGGGUGGCCAACAGAAGAAGGCAAAUAGAUCAUCAGAAAAGAAUAAGAAAAAGUUUGUAGAGAGUGAUAAAAGGGUAACUAAUGAUAUUUCUCCGGAGUCAUCACCAGGAGUUGGAAGGCGAAAAACAAAGACUCCACAUACCUUUCCACACAGUAGAUACAUGACUCAGAUGUCUGUCCCAGAGCAAGCAGAAUUAGAGAAACUUAAACAGCGGAUAAACUUCAGUGAUUUAGAUCAGAGAAGCAUUGGAAGUGAUUCUCAAGGUAGAGCGACAGCUGCUAACAACAAACGUCAGCUUAGUGAAAACCGAAAGCCCUUCAACUUUUUGCCUAUGCAGAUUAAUACUAACAAAAGCAAAGAUGCUGCUACAAGUCCUCAAAAGAGAGAAUUGAGUGGAUCAGCACAAUGUAAAGAGUUGCUUGCUUCUGCUUUAAGUAAUGACCUCUUGCAAAACUGUCAAGUCUCUGAAGAAGAUGGAAGAGGAGAACCUGCAAUGGAGAGCAGCCAGAUUGUAAGCAGGCUUGUUCAAAUUCGUGACUAUAUUACUAAAGCUAGUUCCAUGCGGGAAGAUCUUGUGGAAAAAAAUGAAAGAUCUGCUAAUGUUGAGCGUCUUACUCAUCUAAUAGAUCAUCUUAAAGAGCAAGAAAAGUCAUAUAUGAAGUUUCUCCAAAAAAUCCUUGCCAGAGAUCCUCAGCAGGAAUCUAUGGAAGAGAUAGAAAGUUUGAAAAAACAACAUGACUUAUUAAAAAGGAUGUUGCAACAGCAGGAACAACUGAGAGCUCUGCAGGGACGACAAGCUGCUCUUCUAGCUCUGCAGCAUAAAGCAGAGCAAGCUAUUGUUGUGAUGGAUGAUUCUGCUGUUGCAGAAACUACAGGUAGCGUGUCUGGAGUCAGUAUCACAUCUGAACUAAAUGAAGAAUUAAAUGAUUUAAUUCAGCGUUUUCAUAAUCAGCUUCGUGAUUCUCAGCCUCCAGCUGUUCCAGACAAUAGAAGACAGGCGGAAAGUCUUUCAUUAACUAGAGAGGUUUCCCAGGGCAGGAAUCCAUCAGUUUCAGAACAUUUACCUGAUGAGAAAGUCCAACUUUUUAGCAAAAUGAGAGUGCUACAGGAAAAGAAACAAAAAAUGGACAAAUUGCUUGGAGAACUUCAUAUACUUCGAGAUCAGCAUCUGAACAAUUCAUCAUUUGUGCCUUCUUCAGCCUCUCCUCAAAGAACUGUGGAUCAGAGAAGUACAACUUCAACUGUCUCUGCUCCUGUAGGCUUAGCACCGGUUGUCAAUGGAGAAUCCAAUAGUCUCACAUCAUCUGUUCCUUAUCCUACGGCUUCUCUAAUCUCUCAGAAUGAAUGUGAAAAUGAAGACCAUCUAAAUCCAACUGAAAAACUCCAGUAUGUUUUUCUUCUUAAAUUUCCAAAUAGCACAUAUGCAGAAGUUAAUGAAGAAAAUCCACAAGUAGCUGCCACCUGGAACGAAGUAAAUAGUAAUAGUAAUGCACAAUGCGUUUCUAAUAAUAGAGAUGGGAGAUCAGUUAAUUCUAAUUGUGAAAUUAACAACAGAUCUGCUGCCAACAUAAGGGCUCUAAAUAUGCCUCCUUCUUUAGAUUGUCGAUAUAAUAGAGAAGGAGAACAGGGUAUUCAUGUUGCUGAUGGUGAAGAUGAUGAGGAAGAGGAGGAGGAAGCAGAAGAGGAGAGAGUAAGUGGAGCUUCAGUAUCUAGUCAUAGGAGCAGUCUGGUUGAUGAGGUUCCAGAAGAUGCUGAAUUUGAGCAGAAGAUCAGUAGACUUAUGGCUGCAAAACAGAAACUUAGACAGUUACAAGAUCUCGUUGCUAUGGUACAGGAUGGUGAUGCAGCUCAAGGAGUGAUCUCUGCCAAUACUUCAAAAGUGGAUGAUUUCUACCCAGCAGAAGACAACACCAAACAAAAUUCAAAUAAUUCUAGAGGAAAUGCCAGUAAAACACAGAAAGAUGCUGGAGUAAAUGAAAAGGCAAGAGAGAAAUUUUACGAAGCUAAACUGCAGCAGCAACAGAGAGAGCUAAAACAAUUGCAAGAAGAAAGAAAGAAACUGAUUGAGAUUCAGGAGAAAAUUCAAGCAUUGCAAAAGGCAUGUCCUGACCUACAGCUGUCAGCUGCUAGUGUGGGUAAUUGUCCCACAAAAAAAUAUAUGCCAGCUGUUACUUCAACCCCAACUGUUAAUGAAAAUGAGGCCAGUACAAGCAAACCUGGUUUUGAGCCUGAAGAUUCCUCGGUGGUAGAUAAUGAGUUGUGGUCAGAAAUGCGAAGACAUGAAAUGUUAAGGGAAGAGCUGCGACAGAGAAGAAAGCAACUUGAAGCUCUGAUGGCUGAACAUCAGAGGAGGCAAGGUCUAGCUGAAACUACAUCUCCAGUGGCUGUGUCAUUGAGAAGUGGUGGGUCUGAAAAUCUUUGUACUCCUCAACAAAGUAGAACAGAAAAAACAAUGGCAACUUGGGGAGGUUCUACCCAGUGUGCACUAGAUGAAGAAGGAGAUGAAGAUGGUUACCUUUCUGAAGGACUUGUUCGGACAGAUGAAGAGGAGGAAGAUGAUGAUCAAGAUGCCAGUUCCAAUGACAACUUUUCUAUGUAUCCUCCUAACAGAGUGAAUCAUAACUCCUAUAAUAUAAAGGAAACUAAAAAUAGGUGGAGGAACAAUCACCCUUUUUCAGCAGACGGAAAUUAUCGUCCUUUAGCCAAGACAAGGCAACAGAAUAUCAGCACACAAAGGCAAGAAAACCUUCGGUGGGUGUCAGAACUCUCUUACGUAGAAGAGAAAGAACAGUGGCAAGAACAAAUCAAUCAGCUAAAGAAACAACUUGAUUUCAGUGUUAGUAUUUGUCAGACUUUGAUGCAAGAUCAACAGACUCUAUCUUGUCUGCUACAAACUCUUCUUACGGGUCCUUACAGUGUUAUGCCCAGCAAUGUUGCAUCUCCUCAAGUACACCUUAUAAUGCAUCAGCUGAACCAGUGCUAUACUCAGCUAACAUGGCAACAGAAUAAUGUUCAGAGGUUGAAACAAAUGCUAAAUGAACUUAUGUGCCAACAAAAUCAACAUCCAGAAAAACCUGGAAGCAAGGAAAGAGGCAGUAGUGCAUCACACCCUUCUUCUCCCAGUUUAUUUUGUCCUUUUAGUUUUCCAACACAACCUGUAAAUCUGUUUAAUCUACCUGGAUUUACUAAUUUUUCAUCAUUUGCACCAGGUAUGAAUUUCAGCCCUUUAUUUCCAUCUAAUUUUGGAGAUUUUUCUCAGAAUAUUUCUACACCCACUGAACAGCAACAACCAUUAGCCCAGAAUCCUUCAGGGAAAACAGAGUAUAUGGCUUUUCCAAAACCUUUUGAAAGCAGUUCUUCUAUUGGAGCAGAAAAACAAAGGAAUGAAAAACAGCCUGAAGAAGAUGUGGAAAAUAGUAGGACACCAUGGUUAUAUGACCAAGAAUGUGAAGUAGGAAAACCAUUUAUUAAGACUGGAUUUUCAGUGUCUGUAGAGAAGAGUACAAAUAAUAACCGCAAAAAUCAAUUAGAUACAAGCAGGAGAAGACGCCAGUUUGAUGAAGAAUCCUUAGAAAGCUUUAGCAGUAUGCCUGAUCCAGUAGAUCCAACAACAGUAACUAAAACAUUCAAGACAAGAAAAGCAUCUGCACAGGCUAGCCUGGCGUCUAAAGAUAAAACUCCCAAAUCAAAGAGUAAGAAGAGGAUUUCUACUCAGCUGAAAAGCAGGGUUAAAAAUAUGGAAACUGGGAGUGAUUUUUCCAUGUUCGAAGCUUUGCGGGAUACUAUUUAUUCUGAAGUAGCUACAUUAAUUUCUCAAAAUGAAUCUCGUCCACAUUUUCUUAUUGAACUUUUCCAUGAGCUUCAGCUACUUAAUACAGACUACUUGAGACAGAGGGCUUUAUAUGCAUUGCAGGACAUAGUAUCCAGACAUAUUUCCGAGAGCCAUGAAAAAGAUGGGGAAAAUGUAAAGUCAGUGAACUCUGGUACUUGGAUAGCAUCAAACUCAGAACUUACUCCCAGUGAAAGCCUUGCUACUACUGAUGAUGAAACUUUUGAGAAAAACUUUGAAAGAGAAACACAUAAAAUAAGUGAGCAAAAUGAUGCUGAUAACACUAGUGUCAUGUCCGUAUCUUCAAAUUUUGAGCCUUUUGCAACAGAUGAUCUAGGUAACACUGUGAUUCACUUAGAUCAAGCAUUAGCCCGAAUGAGGGAAUAUGAGCGUAUGAAGACUGAGGCUGAAAGUAACUCAAAUAUGAGAUGCACCUGCAGGAUUAUUGAGGAUGAAGAUGGUGCUCCUGCCACUACUACAGUUAAUAAUUUAGAAACUCCCAUUAUUGAAAGUCAUAGUUCACAACAACCUGUAAGUGGAGUUUCUACCAUCCCAUGUCCUAGAAUUGAUACUCAGCAGCUGGACCGGCAAAUUAAAGCAAUUAUGAAAGAAGUCAUUCCUUUUUUGAAGGAACACAUGGAUGAAGUAUGCUCUUCUCAACUUCUAACUGCAGUAAGACGCAUGGUUUUGACCCUUACCCAGCAAAAUGAUGAGAGCAAAGAGUUUGUAAAGUUUUUUCAUAAACAACUUGGAAGUAUAUUACAGGAUUCAUUGGCAAAAUUUGCUGGCAGAAAACUGAAAGACUGUGGAGAAGAUCUUCUUGUAGAGAUAUCUGAAGUGUUGUUUAAUGAAUUGGCUUUCUUUAAGCUCAUGCAAGAUUUGGAUAAUAAUAGUAUAACUGUUAAACAGAGAUGCAAAAGGAAAAUAGAAGCAGCGGGGGUGAUACAGUCUUAUACCAAAGAGGUAAAUAACAUUCAUUUUGAUUUUAGGGGCAUUUAUAAUUAUGCCCUGUUAUUUCAUGGAAGCCAUAUCUUCUCUUAUCCACCUGGAGGCUUUCUCCAAAUGUCUGCUGAACCUUUGGUUCUACAACAUGACUUUGAAAAAACAGCAGAAAGCAAAAAUGUCCCAUCCGAACAAGAACCGACUACUAAAGAUGACCAAGAUAAGUCUCCUGUGAAACCCUGUUACCUCAAUAUCUUGGAAAAUGAGCAACCUUUAAAUAGUGCUGCCAAUAAGGACUCGCUUACUAUUACUGAUUCAUCUAAACAACCUAACCCUUUGCCGUUACCUUUAACUGAAAUUGCAACCGUAGUGCCUAAAGACAAAGAAGUUAAAUCUGCUCAGGAAACUCCUGAAAGCUCUCUGGCUGGAAGUCCUGAUACUGAAUCUCCAGUGUUAGUGAAUGACUAUGAAGCAGAAUCUGGUAACAUAAGUCAGAAAUCUGAUGAAGAAGACUUCGUGAAAGUUGAAGAUUUACCACUUAAACUGACAAUAUAUUCAGAGGCAGAUCUAAGGAAGAAAAUAGUAGAAGAAGAACAGAAAAACGAUUUACCUGGUGAAAUAUGUGAAAUGCAGACAGAAGAAUUAGCUGGAGAUUCUCAGACACUAAAAGAACCUGAAACAGUGGGAGCCAGAUGUACAUGAGAUGUCUUCGGAGGCUCAUCUAACUCUCUCUUUACUUAGUCAAUGCAUAUAUGACAUGACACUAAAUAAACAUCUGUUUUGAUCUGUAUAAAAAUGUAAAUUUGUUUGACACUGCAUUUUUGAUAGGUGUGUUAAUUUCUGCCCAUGGCAGUUUAAAACAUCAGAAACUUAAUUCUGCAUAGAUUUACGACUUGAUACACUGUGGUUUUUUUUUUUUUUUUUUUUUUUUUUUUUGUCUUGAUUUUUUUUUUCCCCAUUGUGUUUUUUGGUAACAUUAAAUUUAAAAUGUAGUUUUAAAUAAAGUUUGGACUUACCUGUGAAGUAUGUUUUUUGGAAAUUAUGUUGAAUUCUAUACAGCAAGUCACUGUUCUAUGUAAUUGUAGGCUAUUCAGAGAAGGACAGUGGUCAAGAGUUAGGGACAUAUUUAUUCUAAAGCCCAGCCAUUAGGCCAGUCUUCCAAAUAAUGCAGAUGUUGCUGCUGUUGGGUCUUAUGUUCUUUUAGAUUACCUGCAGGUCCUAUUCCUGUGCAAGAAUAGGGCAGGUUAUAAAGGUAUCCAGGAUACCUGGAAAAUUAUUGUAGAAUAUAUAUAUUAAUAAUCCAUUCAAAUUGGAUAAUAAAUUAAGUUUAGAACAUGUCAUUCAUAUGUAAAACUUACAUAAUUAUCUAUUAGAUAAAUAUUUUCCAGAAUUUCAAAUUCUAUCUACAUUGCCUUCGUCUAAAAAUAAAAAAUUAAACUUCAUGUUAGUAUAUCUUUUACAGACAAGUAACAUUGUGAUAGAUUUUAAAGAAAAGCUACAUUUUUUCAAGUAGGGAUAAAUAGAACUAAAUUUAUGUGACAGAACAUUAAGAUUCUGUAUGCCUUCAGACAAACUUGCUUUUGAAAUGUUUAAAGAGCACAACAUAGCAGUUGCUUUUAUGUGUAGUGAGGGAGAGAAGCAGGUUAGCAGAUGAAGUGUUGAGUAAAGAAAAUGUAUGUGACUUCAUCACUAAGUAAGUCAACUUUAAAAGGUGAUUUACCUUUUUCUCCCAAACUUGCCGUAUACUCAGUAAGGCUUCAAAGAGGCAGUUAAUAACGAAUAAGUCAACCUUACAGAUUCUUCCUUGAAUAAAAUAUGAAGGAUUCGUUCCAAGUAGUCUUCUAUAUUUGUUAACAGUUGACUGAAAUACCCCAUAAGAAAAGAACUUGGUUGGUAAUUCCUUUAAAAUUCUUACUUGCUUGAUACCUCAGUGUAAAACUAUAAUGUUCAAUCAGGGAGUAUUAAAUGAGGAUUUCCUUAUGAAGACAUUCACUGUAUUGCUACUUUAUUUAAAUUGUGUAAGACAUAUAUCUCCAACUUUAAUAAAACCUACUCAGAAAACUGCCAGUCCAGAAUCAGGAAUUCUUAUCCAGUUGGCUUAACUUCAGGGAAAGUGGAACAAUAAGUUACAUUAUAUAUAUACACCCAAGUUCUAUAUUUCCUAGACUCUAAACAGAAAGAGGGAAGAAAUCCACAAACUUCAUUUUGGUACCAAGCCUUACACAUUGUGGCUGUCUUUCUCUCUCUCUCUCUGCAUGCAUAUUAAAGAUAGGUACAGUGGGAGAAUUUAUUUAUGUCUUAGUUAUUACCGUAGUACCUAUGAACCCUGUCAAACUUGCUUAUUUGACUUGUGUUGUAGCUGCUGUUAUCUGUUAUUUUUUUAUUUUAGUACAUAAUUCAGUUUUAAAAUACCUAGGGCUUGAGACCAGAUAAUUUAUUUAAUAUGUUUUCACUAGUAAAUAUUGCUAAAUGUUUAGGCAUUAAGCAUUUCUGUUUGUCUUAAUUUUUAAGUUAAAACUUUGGUUAGAGAUAGAACAAGAAAAGGUCCAAAUGAGUGAGAGAGAACCCAAGCAGGUUGAGAAAAUGUCUAAAAGAAUAAGCUAGCCAGACUGGAGGUACUCUUUGUACUUUGUAACAAUUACUUUGGGUAAAUGCUUUUUCACUGUUAAUAAAAGUAUAUCCCGCAUACAA